UGUGAGUCUCACACCGGGGCGCUGCAGCAGCAGAGGCGUGGUGGAGCUGUGCACAUUAACUUACAUAGAUUUAACCACUUUUCUAAGAGAAGUUUACGAGCUGUUCGGGUUAAUUCUGCACUUUUUUCUUAUUGUUAUUAUUUGGGAGAUUAUUCCACUUACCCAAACUACGAUAGCUAUUAAAUUAGGAGUAUUUAGAUUAGGUUAGACAAGUUUACAUUAUCGUCUUGAAUAUUUAGCUUAUAUUGAGCUAUCUAAGAUUUUGCGGCACAUAUUCUGCAAAUUUAGCACCGUGUAAGUUAGAGACUGAGGUCACUUAAAGCUAGUUAACUAGCGUUAGUUAAUUAGCUGUUUACCUCACAGUCUGAUUGCUAACCGAGAUAAGCUACAACACAAGAGCUACAAUGAGUGGCAGCACUGUUAAAGAGGAGAGCCGCAGUGUUUCCCCUCACUGCCCCAAACCCAAUGAGUCUGAGGAGCCAGAAGGAGCUGCUAUGGAGGUUUCUGCAGCUUUAGCUGCUGCUACUGCUGCUACUGCUGCUGUUACAGUAAAAACUCAGGAUGAGGAGGUGCUCAUUACUAAAGAAAUGGAAGAGGAAGAGAAGAAUCUGAUGGAAGAAGGGGAGAAAAAGGAAAGAGAAAUGAUGGAUAAGGCCAGAGAGUCAUGGGAACAAGACUCUCAAGAAAUACGAUUUAAAAGACUGCAGCACCUUUUGGAGAAAAGCAACAUCUAUGCCAAAUUUCUGCUAACUAAAAUGGAACAGCAGCAGCUGGAGGAGAAAAAAAGAAAAGAAAGGCGGGAAAAGAAAGAAGCAUCGCAGAAACAGAAGGGCAAUGAGAAGAAGACAGAGAAAGGUGAAAGAAGGAAAAGAGAAAGGGAGGAGGAUUACAAAAUUGCAGAUGUCAUGUCCAAAGAGGAAAUCUUGUCAAAAGCCAAAAAACGAAAGGUUGAAGAGGAGGCCGAGAGCCAGAAGAAACUAGAAGCGGAAGACAUAGAGAAAAUAAGCGACUCUAACGCUGAUAUAAAAGGUCGUCUCUCUGAAGUUGUGCGGGACAGUGCCAAGCACAUGCUGGACCCUGAAAGGACAGUAAAUGGACAGCCUGUGCCUUCACAGCAACCUAAACACUUCACUGGUGGUGUGAUGAGGUGGUACCAGGUGGAGGGCAUUGAAUGGCUGAGGAUGCUGUGGGAGAAUGGUAUUAAUGGUAUACUGGCUGAUGAGAUGGGACUGGGAAAAACCAUACAGUGCAUCGCUCACAUUGCAAUGAUGGUUGAGAAGAAGGUGAUGGGUCCAUUCUUGGUGGUCGCUCCUUUGUCCACUCUACCCAACUGGAUCAGUGAAUUCAAGCGCUUCACUCCAGAGGUGUCAAUAAUGCUGUACCAUGGCCCUCAGAAAGAGAGAUUAAACCUGAUUAAGAACAUUCGCAAACCUCAGGGUCCCCUGCACAUGUGCCCUGUUGUUGUCACGUCGUUUGAGAUAGCCAUGAUCGACAGGAAGCUUCUUCAGCGAUACCAGUGGAAGUACUUAAUCGUGGAUGAGGGCCACAGGAUAAAGAAUCUGAACUGCCGUUUGGUACGAGAGCUGAAAGCACUUCCAACAGACAACAAACUGCUGCUGACAGGAACUCCCCUACAGAAUAAUCUUUCUGAACUGUGGUCUCUCCUCAACUUUCUUCUCCCAGAUGUCUUUGAUGACUUAAAAAGCUUUGAGUCUUGGUUUGACAUCAGCACUAUCAGCGGAUCAGAUUCAGACAAUAUUGUGGUCAAUGAACGAGAACAGAACAUUCUGAAUAUGCUUCACCAGAUUCUCACACCUUUCCUGCUGAGACGACUGAAGUCAGAUGUGACUUUGGAGGUUCCACCAAAGAAGGAGAUUGUGGUAUAUGCUCCACUCACUGCCAAACAAGAAGCCUUUUACAGAGCUAUCGUUGACAGAACCAUUGCAAAGGUUCUGGGCCAAGAAAAGGAGGAAGCAGCAAGGGUGGAGCUGACACCCAGCGGACGACCAAAACGCAGAUCCAGGAAGGUGGUGGACUAUUCAGAAAAGAGCAGUGAAUCUCCACAAGACCUGGAGAAGUACAUCGAGAAACUUCAGAAAGAGAUGGAGAGUCAGCAGAACUUUGCUCCUGUGGUGGAUGUUCAAAUGCCUUUGGAUGCCCAGGUCAACCUGAAGCUACAGAACGUAUUGAUGCUGUUGAAGCGAUGCUGCAACCAUGCCUACCUUAUAGAGUAUCCUCUAGUCCCAGGAACUGAGGAGUUUAAGAUUGAUGAACAGCUGGUGGAGGCAUCAGGAAAGUUCAUGAUUCUGGAUCGAAUGCUUCCUGAGCUGAAAAAGAGAGGACACAAGGUACUCAUUUUCAGUCAGAUGACCUCCAUCUUGGACAUUCUGAUGGACUACUGUUAUCUCCGUGGAUAUGAGUACAGCCGUUUGGAUGGGAGCAUGAAAUACUCAGACAGAGAAGAGAAUAUGCAGAAGUUCUCUACAGAUCCAGAGGUCUUCCUCUUCCUUCUGAGCACACGAGCUGGUGGUCUUGGUAUCAACCUCACAGCUGCAGACACGGUCAUCAUAUUUGAUAGUGAUUGGAAUCCUCAGGCAGAUUUGCAGGCUCAGGAUCGGUGUCACCGUAUUGGACAGACAAAGCCUGUGGUGGUGUACCGCCUCAUCACAGCCAACACUAUUGAUGAGAAGAUCCUGGAGAGGGCAUCUGCCAAGAGAAAACUAGAGAAGAUGGUGAUUCAUAAAAACAAGUUUAAAGGUGGAAGGACUGAUCUCAAGGAGUCCAAAAAAUGUGUGGAUGUGAAUGAACUAAUGGACCUGCUGAAAUCCAGAGAUUAUGACAGGGCUGUGAAGAGCACUAAAGGAAAGGUCAUCAGCGACAAGGAUCUGCAGAUUUUGUUAGACCGCAGUGACCUACUGGAUCGAGCCAAAAAAGGCGUCAAAAAAGAGAAGGAUGGAGUUUUCCGGGUGGUUGAGGCUAAAGAAGAAAACACAGAGAUCUCUUUAUCAUGAGGAUCAGCUGGAUGGAGAAAUCAAACAAAGUCUUAAACUGCUGUUUAGACAAAAUGUACAGACAAAAGUGUAUAGUCCUGCUCUAGGGCUUCUGCCCUGCCUUCCUAUCUUGUUUUGUUUUAACUGAUUUUUUCGUUCUUUACAUUCCUAAAGUUCCUAAAAUCAGAACAUUUCUCAUAUCAGUAGAUUUAUUUCUGGUUCUGUUUCUUAUAAUUGCAUACAUUUACUGGUCCCAGUGAUCACAUUUGUUGAACUAUUAGUCCCAUCUAAAGUCAAGUCCUACUGCACGUUCUAGACUGCUACUGUACAAUACUUAUCCUCAGUGAAAAUGGUGCAGGUUUUUGCUGUGUAAAGUGAAGCUAGCCAGUUUGUACUGUGGUAGGUUUCUUUCCUAUGCACAUAAGCAUGAUAGAGAUUUUUUUUCAAGUUAAAAUGGGAAAAAAUAGCUUGAUGCACCUUAAUUGUUUCUAGAAAUUGUCAACUGUUUUACAGUUUAAAACCACUUUUUUUUUUUGUACCAUUUAUCUGCUGUUGUCCUAUAGGCUUUUUCCAUAUAGGAACAUUACCACAAAAAGCACUUUGAACAUUGUCUCUUUAAAGUACUGCUAAACAGAUAGAUCAUGAUGUUUUGUACUGAUUUUUUUUUUGUUUGUUCAUGUUUUAAAAACAAAAUAAAUAUCCUUCCUGUAUUGUG